GUUGCAAUGUUAGUUGAACAGCUGCUCUAACACAUGACUGUUGGAAUAUGUACAUGAUUGUAACCUAAAAAAUGGCACAAGAAUCUACAAUAUACGAUUUGGCAUAUCAUGGUAAAUCAACGGCUGUAAAAAAUCGUAUUAGUGAUGAUGAUUCAUUAAAAACAAAAGUUGAUAGUAAUGGACGCAUGUUACUCCAUUGGGCUGCAUUGGGUGGACAUAAUGAUUUGGUAAAGGAUUUAUUAUCUAUGGGAGUUCCUGUUGAUCCAGAAGACGAUACAAAUAUGACUCCACUUAUUCUUGCGGCAUCAGCUGGUCGAGAUAAAGUAGUAGAAACUUUAAUAAAUGAAGGAGCUAACGUAAAUUUACAGACUUUUGAAGGGCAUUCAGCAUUACAAUAUGCAGCCAGUAAAAAUUGGCUCACUAUUUGUGAAAAACUUAUCGAAAGUGGAGCGAAUAUUAACAUCACUGAUAAAAGGGGUGCUACUCCACUUCACAGAGCUGCUUCUAAAGGCAAUAUUGAAGUUCUCAAAUUGCUUUUGGAACAAGGCAGUCGUUUAAAUAUAGAUACAAAGGAUGUAUAUGGAAACACUGCAUUACAUUUAGCAUGUGAGGAAGAUCGUCAACAAGAAGCUAGAUUAUUGGUCACUUAUGGAGCAAAUAUUGAGAUAGAAAAUAAAGACCGUAAAACUCCAUUGGACAUCGCAACUCCAUCACUUGUUCGUCAACUUAAAGCAAUAAAAGAAAAUACUUCAAGUGAAUAAUUGUGCUGUUGAAUUACAAUUUGAAUAACUUAAAAAAUCAAAUUUUUUUUUUUGUUAUCAAAAUUGAACAAAAAAAA